AGUUAAUAUUUGCACUCACAGUUUCACUGGAGAUCUUCAUCUGAGCGACAGCGAGUGUCACUGGUCUGAUUUUACAGCGAGAGAGAAAUGGCAAUGGCAGCAGCUCGUAAAGUGAUCGUGUACGGAGGAAAGGGCGCCCUGGGAACCAAAUGCGUGGAGCUUUUCAAAUCAAAGAACUGGUGGGUCGCCUCCAUUGAUUUCACAUCCAAUGAAGACGCGAGCGCGAACAUUAUUGUGAAGACGAGCGAGUCCUUCACGGAACAAGCAGAACAGGUUACUGCAGAGGUUGACCGUCUUCUUGGGGAACAGAAGGUGGAUGUCAUCAUUUGCGUAGCGGGGGGUUGGGCAGGUGGCAGCGCCAAGGCAAAAUCUCUGUAUAAAAAUGCUGACUUGAUGUGGAAGCAGAGCAUGUGGACAUCAACAAUCUCCAGCCAUUUAGCCACAAAGUAUCUCAAAGAUGGUGGCUUGUUGACCCUUACAGGAGCAAGUGCUGCCUUGGGUGGAACACCAGGAAUGGUAGGCUACGGCAUGGCAAAAGCAGCUGUACAUCAGCUGUGUCGGAGCCUAGCUGGGGAGAACAGUGGACUGCCAUCUGAAUCUUCAACUCUUGCAAUUUUGCCCGUUACCUUGGAUACCCCCAUGAACAGGAAAUCAAUGCCUAAUGCAGAUUUCAGCUCCUGGACACCAUUAGAAUUUAUUGCUGAAACCUUCUAUAAAUGGACUGAUAAAGCUACCAGACCUGCCUCUGGAAGCCUUAUUCAACUUAAAACGACUGGAAACAAAACUGAACUAAUUCCUGCUCAACUCUGAGAUGGAGAUUCCAAAUGUAACCACACAAUAUGGAUUUAAUUAUUUUUGUGAAAUGCCAUUUAAUUUCAAUAUGAAUCAAUUGAUACCAAUGUUAGUGAGAUGUAUGUAUGAUCCGUGUAUUGUAAAUUUCUCCACUCAGUGACUUGCCCACUAUUUUACUUUUGCAAUAAUAGGACUUCUUCUGCAGUUGUAUAAGGCUCUGAUGAGACCACAUCUGCAGUAUUGUGUAUAGUUUUGAGGAAGGACAUCCUUGUGAUUGAGGCAGUACAGCGUAGGUUCACGAGAUUGAUCCCUGGGAUGGCGGGACUGUCACUUGAGGAAAGAUUGAAAAGACUAGGCUUGUAUUCACUGGAGUUUAGAAGGAUGAGGGAGGAUCUUAUAGAAACAUAUAAAAUUAUAAAAGGACUGGACAAGCUAGAUGCAGGAAAAAUGUUCCCAAUGUUUGUAAGUCCACGCCACACCCACAGCUAGAAGCUCCACAGACCACAGCCCCACAAUGCCAAAGUCACCAGGCCAGCGAUCGGAGCACUCCUCUCUGACGACCCUCGGCAAGGGUUCGCCCCGCUCCGCGAUGGAAAAGUCCGCGCUGCGCCUGCUGCCGAUGCUCCGGGCCCGACACCGGGAAAGGCCGUGCCAAUCCAUGCUGUUAGGCCGCGAGGGAGGCAGCAUGGAAAAAGUCCGAACGCAGUUUCCUCCCCCUUUCCCCCCACCACCACCACCCACACAAGACAUACCGAGAGACACCUAAACUAACAUUUAGACACACCAAAAAACCCCAAAAGGUCGAAAUGAUGAACACGCUGCUGGCAGGGCAGCCGACUCGCAGCGCCCCACCAACCAUGCUGUUUUUAUUCCAAUUUCAAUUGGAAGCACUCAUGUAGUUGAAGUUGUCCGAGUCAUAGAUAGAGAUUUUGGUAAGCUUGGUCCAUAAUUCUCAGUAGGAAUAUGACAAACAUUUACUUUAAGAAUAAAAAAUAUUAAGUAAUUUAGAAUGUAAUGAUCAUAUCAGAUAAUGUAAUUUAAUAUUGUUUGUGAUUGUAAUAUGUGGUUUAUGUAUAUAAUUGUCAAUGAAAAUGAUUUAUCUGAAAAGUUGACAGUAAAACUUAGGAAUCAUGUUGUUUUCUUUAUUUUACCGGGGUAUAUGCAAAACAAACAUGUACCUAUGUACGUGACAAUAAAGUAUCAUUGAAUUAA